GUGCUGGAGAUCGGCACAUACUGCGGCUACUCCUCGUUGCGGCUGGCUCUCGCUGUCCCUGGGGCGAAGAUCGCCACGGCGGACGUCGAUCCAGCGCACGUGCUCAUUGCCCGAAAUGUUUUGGCCUUCGCAGGCCUCGAGCCUCCACGGGUCACGGUGUGGACCGGGCACAGCACCGACCUGCUCCCUCGACUAUCUGCACACUUCAGGCCCGGCAGCUUCGGCUUCGUGUUCAUGGACCAGCGAGGUUCGUUGUACCACGAAGACCUUGACGCCCUAGAGCGGGCGAAGCUUCUCCACCAGGGAGCGGUGCUUCUGGCGGAUAAUGUUCUGAAGCCCGGAAGCCCACUACUUCUUUGGC